AUGGCGUCGCUGCCAGCAGCGCCAGAGGUCGACCUGGACCUUAUCUCGCUCCUCAAUGCAGACUGGAGCGACGCUGCGCACUCAACCUAUGUGGCGCCACCACAGCGCUCGGCCGACAGCUUUCUCCGCUCGCUCUACGAAGAAGAUGUUGCAACCAAGUCGUCCCGCGGCCUCCACACAUCCACGCAGCAGCGUCGACCAGCGGCGAACAAUGACCUCGAAGCUGUCGUCUUGGAGCAGCGACGGCGCAUCAAGGCUCUCAAACGAGAGCUGAAGGCCAAGGAUAUGGAAAUCCAGCGGCUCAAGAUGCAGCCGGUCGAGCCGAGCAAUGUUCGCGCCAGUCGCCCAGGGCCCAACGAGCUUCGCGCCGAGCUCGACGCGCUCAAGGUGCGCUACGAGCGCACACGAGACAGCAACACGGAGCUGCGCCGGUACGCUCGCUGGGGUCACUGUCCCGACCUUAUCAACGGCGCGUCGUAG